UUAUUUACAGCGCUUUGUAGCCGAAUAUUUUAGAUCGGGUUACAACUCAUAACGUUAGCCAGCUAACGUUAUGGGAUAACUCUAGCUAACGUUCGCUAACGAACGUUACACAAAUGUCCCCGUGAAACUCAAAUUCUGCAUGAGCUCUGUCAUUUAACACAAUGGAUAAUGUACUCAAUGUAGCCCAGCCACGCAAGCCCUCAUGUCCACGAGAAGAUCACAUACAUUUGGAGAGACCAUGCCUUCAACAAGAUCUGGAGAACGCACCCCAUUGAGGUGUGUCCAGAAUGAAAUGCGCCAUGUUUCAACCCCAUCUUCUAGACUCAAAUCGAGAUCAGGGUCAGGCAGCAAUAUCCUCAAAACACCCAAGAAUGAUGCUGUGUUCAUCUACACAGACCCAGACCUACCAGCUGAGGUCCUAUGCUCUCCUAGUGUUCCAAAGCCCAGUGAUAAAACUACUACCAGUGAUACAGCUCCUACACCUGAGGACACAGCUGUUGAUACAAGCAUUGGACUUGGAGACAUUACCUUCAAGUCCUUCAUCUGUGCUGGGGGUGAGAUUGAGGUUUCAGAGCCCUCAAGGGUUGUAGACGAAACCAUCCGGCUACCCAAGAAUCAACUGAACAUCUCUUCUCUUCCUGGCCAUGACGAUGAAAACACAUGUCUCUCUGACAGUAUGGUUACUCAAUGCUGCGACAACCAUGUGGAUCACGUCUAUUGUGAUUUGGAAAGAGAUUUGUCCACAACUAAAGCUGACAUGUCCUUUAAUGGGGGUUCAAACGCCAGUCUUAGUGUUCCACAGUUCACCGAUAUAGCCCACAUCACUGAGAUUGUUACUGGCGGACAGGGAGAUGUAACGUUUAAGUCUUUCAUCUGCACCGGAGGGGAGGUGGAAGUUUCAGAGGCUUCCAGGGUGGCACUUGAGACUAUACUCCUACCAACGGAUCAGCCUGCAAACCACCAUCAGCCAUACAACGACAGUAUAUAUCAAAGUGUUAUAGUAGAUGAGUUGGACAUGCAGUCCAUCGAAGACCACGCAGAUCACCUCUAUUGUAAUAUGGCCUCUAGUGCACACCUUUCCUUCAAAGAACCUACACAUUGUAGUACUAUGAAAUCCAUAGAGAUGGUACAUACCAAUGAAGAGUCAACUGGUGUUCAAAAUGCCACUGGCGGACAAGGACAUGUGACAGUCAAAUCCUUCAUCUGCACUGGGCUUGAGGUUGAAGUCUCAGAGUCCACCAGAGUGUCCAAAGACACUAUCCUCCUACCUGAGAAUCAGACUGUGACCAGUCAUCUACCGUACAACGACAGGGUCAACCCAAACAUCAUAGAGGAGCAGUCCUCCCAUCAUGUAAAACACCCUUACAGCCAUGUGGAAAGUGAAGGUGCCGUGUGGAAAGCGGACGCCGCUGCCAUCGGUGAACCCUCAAUGGGAAAUGCAUCCUUAAGGUCAUUGAAGGACCUGGAUGAUGUCGCCUGUCAGCUUUUCCCUGAAGGCCCCAAACAGGGUUAUUCUCAUGAUGAAGACAGCACCGUGGUUCCAGCUAUACAGUUGGAAACUGACCGCUCCCAUUGCAAUGAGUUUGGAGCCUCGGCCAGGAGCUCCACACCUGUAGAUGAGGACAACCCAUCGAUAGCCUCUCACUCCCAUUCUCAUGGUUCAAUGCAGGAGUCCAGUGGGGCCACAGACAGUGCGCUGGGUUCAAGCAGUAACGCUCCUCUUCUCUACAACACUACAGACAAAGCGAGCUCUGAGAACAUUGCUGACGUGUUGACUGAGCUACCCAAGAUCCCCUCUGUAGCGACGUGGGCCGGCGGUGGUGAUGCUUUACAGUUUGAGAUCUUCAGCCCCGUUCUUAGCACUACCCCCAUGACCAGAAGAAGGGGCAUUCAGAAAUCGUCUUUUGCCCAAAUGGAGGAUUCCGCUCUGGAAAACAGUAGGGGUUGUGUCCUCAACUCUGCUGAGGGUAGCUCCGUUGUCCCCGCCAACCCAGACAGCCGACUCUGGGGGGCCGUCCUGGAGAGCCCCAUGCCUCUGCCCAAGUUCAACUCGACGGCAGUGGGUGCCGCAUCGACCUGCAAGCCCCCUCCUCCUCCAGACCCAGUCACAGAUACUGUGGAGACGAGGCCAGAAGUGGAUGUACCUCAUGUAAAAUCCCAACCCAAGGUGGAGAAAGUAAAGAUGGGUCUUCUUGAUCAUUUACCAAGGUUGGUUUGUGAGGAGCCCUUUCAGCAGCAACUCAUCCAGAUGGCCCAAUUCCUCAUCCUGGCAUCGGGCAAGAUGGACCCUGUUAGCAACCCUGCCCUAGCCCCUACACCCGCUCCCGCCCCUCCUGUAGUGGAAACUACAGCGGGGACCGUGGCUGAGGAGUGCCACAGCAUGUGUGUUGGCACCACUCCAGUGAGGCGGGCAGACCGCAGUGCCAACACCUCUGGUCAGUUUGAGAGGAAGAGGGAGUUCUCUGUGUCUGACGCCUGCACCAGCACCGAGACUCUGCUCUGGAAUCUGGCCCCUGGGAGCCUGUGUGGGGUCCCCAGACAGGAGCUGGAGCAGAGGCUGACCUCCACCCUCAUCAUGGUGGAGGCCCUGGUGCAGCAGCUGUGCACAGCCAGGGAACAGGGCCACUCUAGGGGCCCCGGGCCCUCAGAAUUCAGGGACAAGCUGGUCCAGACCGACCACACUGAACUCAGCCAGACGGUAACCUACAAAGACCUGUAUGUGACGGCCCUGGAGAGGAUCAAGGAGCUAGAACUGGACCCGACCACUCUACAGAACCUGCUCCACAGCAUGCAGGACACCAGGAGCACCAUGACAGCCCUGAGUGGAGACACUGAGGCUGCUCUCAGCAGCAUGAGGCAGAUAAGAGACCUGGUUAAAGAGGACCAGCAGAGCCUGGUUACACGGUAUGGUCAGAUGAAGUCCCUUUAUGAGAAGUGCAAGGAGACCCAGGGCAGGUUGGUGCAGAAGGUCAGAGACACCCUGCAGCAGAGAGAGGACAUGAGGAGACGGAUGGAGGAGGCUUUCACCGCCAAGGACGCAUCCUUCAGUGUAACUGAGCAGCUGAGGGCUCACUGUGCCGUGCGUAUCUCUGAGCUGCAGGAGAGUGUGGGAUCUCACCAGGAGCUGAUGGCUGCCCUGAACAAGACCUACCCAGAACAGGUUGCAUUGAACAAGGCCUACGUGGAAUCCCUCAACUCUGCAUCUGAGCUCUUGAGAGGAACCAUGAGUGAUCACGACAGUCUGCAUCAAGAGCUGAAAACAGCCAGGCGUCUCCUCCAGAGGACAACUCCUAUACUGGUGAAGCUGAAUGAGAAGGCAGCCAACGCUAUAGGGGAGAGAGACCAGCACCUCUCAGAGAGAGACCAAGCUGUGGAGGAGAGAGAGCAGAUCCAGGAGGAACUGGACCAAACCAAUGUGAGUCUCCAAGUUGCCAGGCAGGAGGUUGGGGACUUGAAUCUGCAGGCCACCAUCAUCAAUUCAGAGUUGGGUGUUCUGCGUCAGAAGCUGAGUGAGGGAGAAGAGGAGCGAGUUCAGCUGGAGAGGAAGGUCACGGAGCUGUCUGCCACCGUCUCAUCUACCCUGGCCUCCUAUGCCUUCCUAGAGCAGGCCCUGGCUGCAGAGUCCACCAAGUUGCAACAGUCAUGGCAAGAAGUCCAGCAAGCUACCGACAGGGCCAACCAGUUGGAGGGUGUGUUGGUCCAGUCAGAGCAGCGUGUAUGUGAGCUGUCCCAGGCCCUGGCCCACAGCGAGGAGCAGCUGAGCCAGCUGCAGAGCCACUCCCACAGCCAGAGCCUGCAGCUACAGAAGCUCCAUGAAGUGCGCGUGCAGCUCAACAGCAUGAUGGAGCUGAACGAGUUCCUACAGAUGGAGAAUGAUAUGGCCAGGGAGCAGGUGGUGGAGAGUGAGAGGACCCUCCGGGCUAACCUACAGGGGCUCAGGGAGAGGAACAUCCAGUGUGAGGACCUGAAAGGAGCCCUUAGCCACCUCCAGGCUGAGAGGGAGGCUUUGCAGGCAGAACUGGAGGACAGUCAGGCCAGAGCCCAGUCAGUCCAAUUGGACCUGGUAGAGCAGCUAGCCCAGGCUGUUACUGACGUCACCCUGCUACACCACACACUGAGACGACUGACCAACGAUGUUCACACUGCUCUGACCACCAAGGUAAUCACACACACCCUGUUACACCACACACUGAGACGACUGACCAACGAUGUUCACACUGCUCUGACCACCAAGAAGCCAGAGGUCUGUGGUAAAGACGAGGUGUCCCAGCCCUCCCUCCAUGUUGAGCGUCAUCCCUCCACCUCCUUCGUGGACAGCAUCAUGGUGGCCAUCACCACUGACCUGGCCCAGGUCAAUGACACACAGCCCCCCUUAGACAUGACAGAGGAACCACAAGCUGAAGGGUUGGGCAGCGAGACCAGCGCCUUCACUCGCCUCGCACCCAUCACUCCUAAGAAGUGUCAGGUGGUGCCUCCAGAGGAGCAGCAGAGUAGCGUGGUGGAGCUGCUAGCAGACCUGGCUAACACAGUCUCUGAGCUCAGCUCCACCAUCACACAGCUACGACAGAGCAAGGACACCGAGCAGGAGGCACUGAACAACACCAUCUGUGGGCUGCAGAGGGAGCAGCAGGCCCAGGCCCACAGACACAGGGCUGAGGUAUCCGAGCUGAGGGGCCAGCUGAGCCGUCUCCAGACCCAGCUAGGCCGGGACCAGGUGGCUCUACAGAACAAAGCCCAGGAGGUAGACACUAUGAAGAGGAUCUGCAGUGAAGUGAAUGAGGCCAGGGAGUUUCUUUACAAGCACAAAUCUGAGAACAAAGAGCUGCGUAGGGAGGUGGCAGACCUGCACCGUUCACUGCACCAAUCACAGGUGGAGUCCCAGGCUCUAAGGGACGAGCUAAGAAAGACCGGUAACCAAUCAGCACACAGCAUGCAUUCCAUGGACGACAAGAUCCGCCUACUGAAAGAGGUGGAAAGACUAAAGAGGACUCUGUUGGAAGCUGAGGAAGGAAGAGCAAAGCUUCUGGAGAGAGCCAAGAGACAUCAAAUGAUCCACGACACCAACCAGAAGAAAGUGGAGAAGGAACUUCGAGUCCUUGACGAUAUGAUUGAGACGGUCCGAAAGACUUUGUCUUCUGUUCCUGACGUUGUCAAGCACUGCAAAGAACUCAAGACUCUAGUUGAAUAUCUUGGUUAAUGUCAUAUUAUAAACUGUAGUUUUAACCAGUUCUGUUUUUUUGUGUUUUUUUCUUAAACCUAUUUGUACAAAUAAAAAAAUCUGUCUGAUAACACGUC